CUCAAAUUCGUGCGAAAAUCGAUACAAAAAAGUGUUUUGUUUUGUUAUUUCCAAACAAAUCGGUUAUCGAUUGACAACACGUUUGUCGCCAAAAAACACUUCAUUUUAUGUUUUUAUUGCAAUUAUAUUUGUGUUGAAAACUUACGUAUCGUUUCACUCACUGUUGUCCUCUUUUCCAUACAAAGAGUCUCCGUUUGACUCGCGAGUACUCAAGUGAUUCACCCAUUGAUUGGUUGUUCCGUUAGAAGCGAUGGUCGAGACGAAGACAAAUGGCACUCAAAUGUCGGCCACGAAUGCAAGCAAUGGUGGUGUGAAGGCAUCCAAAGAUGACAUUUCGAGCAUUAAUGACAAACUCUAUCUAUUACUUCAGACCACAAACAUCGAGAUCUCGUAUGAAGUCUUCUGCCUUCUGUUGAAUCUAUUGCGGAGCGGAUGCACUCCCGAAGCCGUAUACGUAUUCCUCCGGCAAAUCGCAAAUCAUUCAAAAAUCUUAAAACAGUUGAAGGCGUUGAAGAAGAAUAGC